AACAAACCUCUCCCGAAAUAUUUUCUCUUAUCAUUAAUACUUUUAUAGAUUUGAUCUAGUUUCAGGCUUUUUUUAACCCCUGCUGCUUAGAUCAUUUACGUCAUGAUCUCGUUAUUUUCCAAGUUCCCAGUUGUUUGAAAGUAAAAUAUAUAUUUGCAUCAUACCUAGUCUGAAUAAUAAAAUAUCGAUAUAGUCUACCUCGGCAUACAUGUUUCCAAGGCACACGGGUUUUUGCCCUGUGAUUUCCGAUGCGAAUUUCAAUAUUAUAUCUACAAAAAUAGAACGCUAUUCAUUUGCAAGAUUCUUCUAUACACGUCAACCAAACUCGUGGGAAAACCCCAGGGGGGUGGGACUUAAUGACUAACAAGAAAUUCAGCCAAUAGACACUUGCAAAAAAUGCAGAUUGACCAAUGGAUGAUGAGACCUUUCAUUAUUCAAGUAAAAAAAUUGGUUGACUCAAUUGGUUCUGUAAAUAAUCUUUAUUCCAUUCGAAAUUAGGCCUGAUUUUGUGGUAUGUCACAUAAUGUAGAUUUUGUUUUUCAUUAUUAGUAUAACUAUCUAGUCAGAGUCGUUAAGAAAACGAUGUAUCCAGCUACAUUAAACAUAUAUAGCUAUCAUCCUCAGUUGCAUGGGCAGCUAGCUAGAUAGCCCAAUUUCGAGUCUGUCAAUCGUUCUCAGCUGUCUUAGUAAUAUCAAGAAGCUAGCCUGCUAAUCGUACAAACGUUGCCAAACCUCAUCUACAAAAGGACAUUGGAAUAAACAGAUGAUAUGACACUCCAGCAACGGAGUGUGUGAAUAAAGCAACGGGCUUACUUGUCUUACGGAAUGCUGAGGCAUGCCAGCAGCCAGUUGAGACUGUCAUGAGGCCAACCCAGGCCGACAGGAGCCCAUGAGCGACUGUACCACCUUCUACUCACUGCCAUAACCUAAACAAUAUCCUGCCAACGUUUUCCAAAAGUGUUAGGCUUUGUUUCUCUCACCACUGCUAUGCCCCUUUCACUGCAUUGGGUCUAGAGGAACGGCCAUUAAGGGAAGUGAGAGGGCUUCAUAGUGGGUUAGUUAGACUGGCGGACCCUGCCUUUCCUCUUGCUAUGCCACAGCUGCCCCAGCCCCUACAACCAUGAGCUCUGCCCUGUGGAGCCAGGAGAAGCCCACUGGGGGCUUCAGGGAGGACUGGCGCUUCUACAUGGUGGUCAAGGAGUGUAUGGUGGAGAAGCCCCCCCAGAAGACCCUGAGGAUCCCUCGGGGAAGCCUGGGCCAGGCUUGCCAGGAGAGGAAUAGCCUGGGGCGCACACUUCCCCCCAGCAAGGGCAAGAGGAGCCUCCGCAUCUUGGACCAGACCAAUGUGGUGCUGAGUCUGGAUGAGAGGGAUGUCCUUGAGCUAGAUGAGAAGCUGGCUGAGCUGCUUUUCCCCAUCACCAACUGUGAGGAGCGCUAUGCCCUGCUGUACAACAAGCCCCGGUUGGAGCGGGCCAGAGACAUCGACUGUGGCUCCAAGGUGCGGGUGCAGUUGCGUUCAGGGGACGAUCCUUUGCCUGGGGUGGUCCGGUUUAAGGGAUCACUCCUCCCUGACAGAGCCCUCUCCGGGAUCUGGUUUGGAGUGGAACUGCUGGAGGAGGGCCGAGGCCAGGGCUUUACGGAGGGUUCCUACCAGGGCCGCCAGCUGUUCCGCUGUGAGGACGAGUGUGGGGUGUUUGUGGCCCUGGACAAGCUGGAGCUGUGGGACGAUGAUGAGGAGGAUCUGGAACAGCUGGAGGUGGACCAUGUCACUCUGGAGGAGGAUGUGGGGGACUUCCCACAACUAGAGUUAAACUCCAGAGUCCUGGUCCAGACCAGAGAGGGGCCAGAGAGAGGAACCAUCAUCUUCUGUGACCUGCUGCCGGGGAAUGAGAGUCUGGGGUAUUACGUGGGAGUGGACAUGGACAAUCCUAUUGGGGACUGGGACGGUGUUAUCGACGGGAAGCUGCUGUGUAAUUUCGCCAGUCUUGAGCACACACGUCUCGUCCCCAUCUGUGACGUAAUGCCAGAGUACUCCAUGCAGGACCAGAGGCUGCAAAAGCAUAGUUUUGCCCCCAGAGGCACCAGCAGCGACAAGUCAUCCUCUGGCCAAAGUAAACCAAAGACCAAAGGCUUAGGUCUUCAAUGUGGGAGUAGAAGCAAGUCAGAGUUUUAUUAUACUUUAAAUGGCAGCUCUGUUGACCACCCAGUCCAGGCCAAAUCCAAAAGCACAUGGUACAUUGAUGAAGUUGGGGAGGACCCUGCCAAGUCCCUCACAGACACGCCCCCUGACUUCAAUGAAGCCACUCCUCCUACCAGGGCACCGCCCUCUGCCUCCUUGUCAAAUGACAACAAGUUCCACUCCUUGCCCUUCAGCCUGAGUCGUAAGACAGGGCCCAAUGGCAGCAUGAGCCAUGGGCCCCUCUCCCUCUCUGUCCAGUCAGUGAUGGGGGAACAGAUGCAGAUGCCUGAGCCCCCAUCCCCCACCCCUACCUCCCCUCGCCCGCCCUCUCCUCCCAGUUCCCGCGGGGGUGGGGGAGUGCCUGGUUUGGAGGUGGGAUCCCUGGUGGAGGUGAAGGAGAACCCUCCCCUGUGUGGGGUUAUCCGUUGGGUGGGGCUGCCCCCAGGACUACUGGAGCCACUGGCUGGCCUGGAGCUGGAGGAGGAGUGUGUUGGCUGUACGGACGGAACCUUUAAAGGUACACGCUACUUCAGCUGCGCACCCAAGAAGGCUCUGUUUGUGAAGCUGAAGUGCUGUCGACCAGAUUCCCGUUUUCCCUCGUUACACCAUUCCUCAAACCCCAUAGAACGAUGCAACUCUAUCGCUUUCGGGGGUUAUUUGAGUGAGGUGGUGCAUGAAAACACUCCUCCACGCACUGAGAAUGAUGGCCUGGAUGUCAUGGUGGGCAAGAAGAAAGGCAUCCAGGGUCACUACAACUCCUGCUACCUGGACUCCACACUAUUCUGUCUGUUCUCCUUCAGCUCCGUUCUGGACACAGUUCUUUUGAGGCCGAGGUCCAAGACUGACGUGGAAUACUACAGAGAGACACAGGAGCUGCUGCGCACUGAGAUUGUCAACCCCCUGCGCAUACAUGGUUAUGUGUGUGCCACUAAAGUGAUGAAGCUUAGAAGAAUACUGGAGAAAGUUGAGGCUGCAUCUGGGUUCACCUCAGAAGAGAAAGACCCUGAAGAGUUCCUUAAUAUCCUGUUUCAUCACAUUCUGAGGGUGGACCCUCUACUCAAGCUAAGGUCAGCAGGUCAAAAGGUUCAGGACUGCUACUUCUACCAGAUCUUCAUGGAUAAGAAAGAUAAAGUGGGGGUGCCUACCAGCCAGCAGCUGAUAGAGUGGUCCUUCAUCAACAGUGACCUCAAGUUUGCAGAGGCACCUUCCUGCCUUAUCAUCCAGAUGCCUCGCUUUGGAAAAGACUUCAAGAUGUUCAACAAGAUCUUUCCCUCACUUGAGUUAGACAUUACAGACUUACUUGAAGACACACCCAGGGAGUGUCGAAUCUGUGGGGGUCUGGCCCUCUAUGAGUGCAGGGAGUGCUAUGAGGACGGUGACAUCACUGCUGGGAAGAUAAAACAGUUCUGUGAAAAGUGCAAUACACAGGUUCACCUCCAUCCGAGGAGGAAGGCCCAUCGCCACGGGAAGCUGUCAGUACCCAAGGAGCUGCAGGAAGGUGUAUGGCGGCAGGGCAGCUUCCCUCGCCAGCGGAUGGAGCUGUUUGCCGUACUCUGCAUUGAAACAAGUCACUAUGUGGCCUUCGUGAAGUACGGGCACCAAGAUUCCGCAUGGCUCUUCUUCGACAGUAUGGCCGAUCGCGAUGGAGGGCAGAAUGGUUUCAACAUCCCCCAGGUGUCUCCGUGUCCAGAAGUGGGGGCUUAUCUGAAGAUGACCCCUGAGGAGCUGCACGCCCUGGACCCAAAGAGCAUCCAGGGCCAGGCACGUCGCCUGCUGUGUGACGCCUACAUGUGCAUGUACCAGAGCCCCACCAUGAGUUUAUACAAGUAGAGCCCCCUGAGAAAAACACUCAAAUAACAGAAGAACACACACUGCAGUCCUUCCCCACCAACCACA